UAAUCACUAGAUUUACUAAAGACUUUUUCCCCACUCUCAAGUUUCUCUCAUGCAACGUGUAUCGUGGUUAGGCUAACUGCUAUUUGUCAACUUUGAACUUUGGAUUUGGAAUAAUCUUGUUCGAGCAUGGUCGUAGCAGGUCACAGCUGGUCAUAUACAGCAGGUCCGAUGACUGAUCUGAUCUGAGAUCAUAGUACGUACUGUACGAGGCACCGUGGUUACGACUGUGCGACCAAAGUUUAACGAAUAAUUACAUAAGAUUAUUGUUCACGUACGAUGGCAAGUCUCGAAAGUUUCGACGCGAGAAAUCUACUGGCAAAAUACGGCUGGGCCGAAGGUAAAGGACUUGGUAAAAAUGAAAACGGCAUAACGGAACCCGUGAGACUCGACGUGAACAUGAAUAAGGCGGGUAUAGGUUUCGACGAGAGUCUCGCCCUGCCUUGGUACGACAAAUUGUAUAACGACGCUGCUAAAAACGUUAAGGUGCAAUCGCACGGUGACACAGUUUCUUUGACCGUUGUCGACGAAAGCACUUUGAAAAAUACGCGUCGGCACAACUUUCAACAAAAAUUUGUGUCUGCAGAGAGUAUGAAUGCGCAUGACACUUCGCACGAUCAGACGUUAGAUAGGGUACAUAAGCCGAGAGAAGAACGCACUCCAGCAUUGAGUGGAAAAUUGAAGAGGAUUGCGGAGCAGGAUAGAAUAUUUUCAAACGCUAUGACUUCUGCUCCGGUAUUUCCAGCCGCGCAAGUCUCAUCAUCGUCGUCAGUCACAACUUACAGGAAGACGAAUGCGGAUUCAGACGUGGAGAAGAGCGAGACUGAAUUGGAUAAUAAUUCAAGCGUAUUGCAAAAAGCAACAUGCAACACGAAUUCUCCAUUUAUCAAGUCUAAAUCUGUGAAGAAGAGAAACCGCAGGUCUAUAAGUAAGCUAGUGAAGCAACUGAGCACUUGUAAUUUAGAAGAGAAUAGAAAAAAGGAGGAAGAGAAUAGAAAAUGGGAGGAAGAGAAGAAAAAGAAGGAAUAUCGUCUUAGACAUACCAUAAAGCUGAAGCACAAGACAAAUAUAAAGUGUACAGUACAUACAAUAGAGUCAAGCAUAAUGUCGACUGCAUGGUCUGCAAGAAAAUUACAUUCAGCAGUAUCGAGUAACGGAGCAACUUUACAGCCUGCAAGAAAAUCAUAUUCAGCAUUGAGUAACGGCAUUGUGAGAAACAAAGUGAAUUAUUUAUUUGAUGAAGAUAGCAAAAAUCAAUUACAUACUCAAUUAAUUUAUUCUCUACCCAAUAAUGAAGAUGUAAAGCAUGUCUCUUCUCCUGUAGUACCGCGAACGUUAGUGCUUCGUAGCCUUAUUGCCAAAAAAAGUGUUAAAAGAGAGGAAAUUUUGGAAAAGGAAUUGAUAGAUAAACAAAAUAUUCAAGCGGCUAGGCUUAGUUGCCAAGCGAUUGAUCAUAGCUCAGAGAUACACUUUCCCACCUUGGACACGGCUAAUAAAGUAAUACAGGCAAGAUACAAGGCGAAACAAAUCACAGAAAUAGAGAGAUUAUUUUCGACAGAUGAUUCACAGCUGACCACUGUGAAAAAAUUGAACAAAGGAUUUUAUCUCUACGAUGCACUUAAUAAACGUUUCCAGCAAGAUUUUCAGCCUACAGAUUUUAUUCGUAAAACAGAUAGAAGUAAUUUAUGUAUAGAAGACCAAAAAUUGCAUAAAAGACAUAUAAAAAAUCAAAUAUUAAAAAAUAAAACGAAGAAAAAUGGGCGCGAUUAUUGUAAAAAACUCAAGAUAAAGAUUUCCGCAGAUCAAGUGAAUUCUGUAAUAAAAGACUUAAACGCAUGUAGUCUUACUGAAGAGGUAAAUGUAAUUACCGUUAAAAGUACACCCACUCAAACUCAUCUCACGCAUGAUUAAAAAAAGGAAAACCAAAGUUUUUACUUACACUUUACAACUAACUUGUUAGAUAUUGUUUAUAACUUGACCAUUCUAAACAAGUCUAAUAAUUAAUUGUAAAUUAUAUUGUAUAACUGAUAAAAAAAACAUGAAUAUAAAACGAUCUAAUACUCAUUGACGCCCACUUUCAUAAUAUAUGGGUUAAUGAGAAAGUUAGGUUAACUAAAACUUGAAAGUUAAUUAAAACACAUUUUAAUAAGCUUAUAAUCAAAUAAACUAAAGAUUACGUGUACAUCAGUUGAGUUGGCAUCAAGUUAACUUGAUGGUUAAGUAAACAAACAUGGUUAAACAUUAAACUUCUUUAGUAAUUUUUAACCUUUAGGUAACCAUACAUUGUGAAAAUGGGCCUGAAUUAUUUGUUCAUUAUACGUUUAUUUUUAUUUUUAUAUAUAGUAUAUUUUGUGCUGCACUUUUAAUCUUCUAUUUCAUAUUAUGCUGUAUCAUUUUUCUAUUAGAGGAAUUCAGUAAAAUUCGUUGAAUUAUUUGCUCAUCAGUCAUUUGAUUUUUAUUUUAUAUAUAAUAUAUUCUGUACUGCACUUUUAAUCUUAUUUUAUACAUGAUCAUGCUGAAUCAUUUUUCUACUAGAGGAAUUUAGUAUAAUGCAUUAUUUUCUUUGAUUCCGAAUAUUAUGAAACGAAUUACUUUGACAAUUAAUUUUUAUUUCAACUUACAAGUUUUUAGUUGUGUAUUUAGUUACAUAAAUUUAAUUUAUAAACAUUGCUUGUCUAUGACAAUUCCAUUAUACAAUUGAAAAUAAAUAUUAACGACUACGAUGAUUAAUUAUGAUUACUUCUAUUUCAUAGAUAUCAUGAUGUAUUUCAAUGAUAGUUUCAAUGUAACUAUUUUUUAUCAUUUUCAUUAUAACCAUCAUGAUUAUAUUCUGCUAAUUUAUGUAUUUCAUUUUAAUCUCAAGAAAAUUAAAAUUCGGAAUCAAUGUUUUGAAACAAAAUCAGUAGUAAUCGUUGUAAGCUGAGAUAAAAAUUCCAUCGAAGUAAUUUGUUUCAAAAUUUAGAUACGACAAUUAGUUGUAAGUGCUAAUUAAUAAUUAGUGCUAAUUAGUAAAAUUUGGUAAUUGUUAAGAUCAGCGUCUGUAAGCAAAGUUCCUAUGUAAGUAAACGAAUAUAAAAUGUGCGUAUUGUAAUUGUUUUUAUAUAAAACUUCUUCGUUGUAUGUAUUUUUAAUAAAUAAAACUUGCAUCAAGUUCUUUUAUUUUUUAUUCGAAAUGCAACAUAACAAUAUUUAUAUUUGUCUUAUGCGCAAUUCCUGUUGUCAACGUUUAAACGUACGUAUGAAUCGAUGUCCUUUUCUAAAGGCGUUAGAAACGCUUUCGCAGAGAUGUAAAUAAUUUAUUGAUACUACAGCACGAUAUAAAAUGAUGUAUCUAACUUAUGUUUCAUAUACCAUCGUCAAAAUUUAUGUAUCUCGAAAGGGAUGAGGUG